AAAAAUCUACAGUCCCACUGACCGCGUCUAAAAAAAAGAUUAAAAAAAAAACUUGUCUAAAAAAUAUUGAUUAUCGUCCGCCGCCAUUGCGCGUUCUAUCAAAGAAAGCCGUUGACCAGUUAGCCCAGAUCGAGAUCUAGAUAGAAAUGCCCAAGGAAGAUGCGGAGCCGUCGGCGAGUGGCGCUGCAGUGGCCACCAAGGAAAGCGAUGUGCCUCCCGCGGAAAAUGCAACCCACAAGGAAAGCGACGCAUCCGCCUCUGCCAGCGUCUCAGCCAGCGCAAGUAGCGCUUCGACCACGCCCCCACCCGCCCAGGAAGACGCAGAGGAGGCAGAACUGCUGGAGCGGAUGCGGGGUGAUGCAGUCGGGAACACCAUGUACAGCAGUCGGUUCAUCCUGCAAACGGUUAUGAAGCUAGUAGAACUGCAGCCAGAUUCACCAUUAGAACAGCAGCUGGAGGACGAUCUCUGCAAAGUGUGGGAUAUGUCGGUGUCCCCUGAAGUCGUCACCCUGCUCCUGGAGAACGAGGCCAUAGAUCCGAUCAUGUUCUCCUUGAUUGCGGGCUGUGAGGAUGUCCGUCUGUAUGAGAUUCUCAUCGGCUUGCUUGGCAAUAUGUGCGCCCAGGUGGAGUGUGCCGAGCUACUUACCUGCAGUCACAGCACGAUGGAAACCCUCUUCAAACUGACCAACUGCAUGGACACCGCCAUGUUGAUCCAGCUGAUGCGACUCUUUCAGUACAUCAUGGCCCAUGUGCUAAGUGGCAAGGAACAGUUCGCUGUUGACUGGUACAUCUGCUUUGCAGCCUUUGAAAACUCAGCUCAAAAUCUUGGCAGGAUUCUUCAACAAUCAGUGAGUGAUGAACUGCUUGUAGCUGCUCUUAAAGCCACAAAUGCUGUGCUGGCCAGUUGCGCCUUGGUAGAGGAGGAGAAUGCGAAGUCAACUUUGAAUUUGAAGCCCUUUGCAGAGGUAUUUCUUGUACCAGAGCUAUGCGAUGGCGUCAAUAGCGCUUUCCUGCGACUCAUGCGCGAUGAUCAGGCCAAACUAGCCGACGAGGAAGCUGGUGAGGAGAACGGUGAAGCAGAAGUACCAGCCGCCGCCCAGGACAGUGAUGAAGAUGCCGACGUUGGUUACGACUCGUGCGGCCCGAAAAUAACCUGUGAUGUGGAGAUCAUACAAACCUACCUCAACAUAUGCACCAUCCUGGUCCAGCUGCCAGAGGCGCAGGCCUCUAUGGAUGUUUACGCACCCAGCAUAGUCAGUUGCCUUGCACGGAUACUGCAAUUCCUGCAACAGCCGCUGCAACUCAUUCCAUUGGGAGAACGACAGGAGGAGUAUCUAGAGGAUCUGGCGCACAUUUGGAGUCGACUGAAGUACUUUUAUAACAAGGAAGCAUUCUCAAAUCUUCUUGAGUUAUGGUACAGAUUAAAGCAGCACAUUGAUAAUUACACCGGAAGUGAUCCAGAUGCCAACGAUUUUGAAGAGGAUGAGGAAGAAGAGGAAGAUGCUCCCAAGGAGCAGUAUGUGGAGAAUGCCUUCAAGUUGCAGCGCUUGCUAGCCUACAUGGUCAUAAAGGCGGAGAACACGGAUCUCCAAGAGAUUGGCGAUGAAAAGGUACAGCUUUUUGUGUCUGCGCUAAAAGCUGAAGAAGAUGCAAUCUUCUCAAAGGCCCUCGAAUGCCUGAGCGAUAAUGUGGAUAAGGAGUCGGGCCAAGCCUAAGGAAUAUACCUCCAUUAAAGGAAAGACAAAAAUGACUGAGAUUGUAGCUUGCAGCUCAAUAUAUUCGUAACUUAGUAA